AUGAAGCAACCAGAUGGUUGGUGCAGCACGGACAAUCGAGGAGUGGCAAAGCGAUGCAGACAGCAGGAGGGGGGGGGGGGGGGGGGGGGGGGGGGGGGGGGGGGGGGGGGGGGGGGGGGGGGGGGGGGGGGGGGGGUGAGCUUGCUUAGAGAAUGGGCAGUGGAGGAGUGCCAGCAAUGGUUGGUGCAGCACGGACAAUCGAGGAGUGGCAAAGCGAUGCAGACAGCAGGAGGGGGGGGGGGGGGGGGGGGGGGGGGGGGGGGGGGGGGGGGGGGGGGGGGAGUGAGCAUGCUUAGAGAAUGGGCAGUGGAGGAGUGCCAGCAGUGA